AUGGAUACAUUUACGGCCACAGAGAAGACUGCCUGGGUGUCCAGCCCUUCGUACAGUCGGUACUGGCGGCACUACCAGCAGGCCAUGGGCUGGUACCAGACACACCGACAAGCCUUCAGCAAGGCUCUGCUCGCGGCUCAUGGCCCGGCGUGCUACGGUCAGCUGUACCCCUGUAAAUCCUCCUCUAACCAACUCAACCACCUGUACACUGAACGGCACGGCGGGGCCAGGGACUGUGGCGGCCGGGGGAGGAGAGGGGAGAAGAGGUACAGGGAGUCGCCUGAGCCGCUGGGCUGUGAGGAGGAAGUGGAGGAGGACAGCGACUUGGAGGAAGGAGAACCAGAGAUUGAAUGUGACGUGAGCAACAUGGAGAUCACGGAGGAGCUCCGGCAGUACUUCGCCCUGACGGAGAAGCACAGAGAAGAACUCAAGAAGCAGCAGGAGCUGGAGGACAAGGAGCACGCCUGCUACGUGCCCGCCGACCAGGACCUCCACCGGGGGGCGCGGCUGGGCACGACCGCCGCGCCCAACGAGCGUCCCGGGGUACGGCGCGGGGCGGAGAUGAGGAAGCUGUACGGCGUGGACACGGCCAAGAUCCAGGCCAUGGAGGCAGCGCUGCAGCUCAACUUCGACCGCAACUGCGACCGCAAGCUGCCCAAGUACUGGCCCGUCAUCCCCCUGCGCCUCUGACCCCUGACCCCGGACCAGUGGCUAGGGGGUUCUGAGGGCGGGAUGGAGGGACCCGCUGUUUGCUCAAGGGCACUUAGUCGGUAGUGAAAGUUUGGAUUCCUUACGAUUCUUGAAGAUGUGGAUGGAGUUCAGGGCUGUGGGGCCUGCGUGGUCAGCGAGCCGCCAUGAUGGAUCUCAGCGCCUGAUGGGACCUGAAGGCGGAACCCAGAUGACCUUAAGAACCAAGAUGUCCUACUGCACUCACUGGCUGUCAGUCAGAGGAUUUGUUAACUUCUGAAUGAUGCAAACACAGUCAAGGAAACCUGUAUGAUUUCAGUUGUUAUAAAUUGCUUACGUUCCAGCAGGUGGCAGUGUUUGACUGUUGACCUGAAGUAUUUUUCUGCGGGCAUUCAUUUCACAAGGAGGUUAGGGUUAAUUUUAGAGUGUUAUUUUUCAGGCAACUUGAGUACUAGGUGUGUGUGUGUGAGUGAGUGUGUGUUGCUCUCACUUUAAGGAGCUGUUUGAUGCAGACAUUGAUUUUAUUGGGGUUCCACGUUUCUGGACCCCGUUCUCACUUACUCCACAUGUUGGAGGUUCACUUUUUAUCGUUAUGCCUUACUGUUCAUUUAAAGGUUAUUUUUAUGUUUUGUAAUAAAGAUUUUUGCAUUUGGAUGAA